AUGCCCUUAUAUGCAAAGUUCUUAAAAGAACUCAUCAACAAGAAGAGGAGCUGGAAUGAAAAAGAGACAGUGAUCUUGACCCAAGAGUGCAGUGCUGUCAUCCAAAGAGGUCUUCCACCAAAGCUCAAAGAUCCAGGAAGCUUCAUCCUAUCUUGCACUAUAGGCAACAGAACAUUAGACAAAUCCCUCUGUGAUCUAGGAGCUGGCAUCAACUUGAUGCCUCUCUCAUUAGUGAAGCAGCUUGCAAUAGAAGAACUCAAACAAAUUAGAAUGUCACUUCAAAUGGCAGAUCGGUCACUCAAGAUACCUAAUGGAGUGGUGGAGAAUUUGUUACUGAAGGUUGGAGAGUUCAUCUUCCCUGCUGACUUUGUCAUUUUAGACAUGAAAGAAGAAGGACAUAACUUAAUUAUCUUGGGUAGACCUUUCUUGGGCACAGUAAGAGCCAUUAUAGAUGUAGAGAAAGGUGAAAUGAUCCUCAGGGUGCAUGAUGAGCAAAUGAUCAUCAAUGUCUUCAAAGCUAUGGAACACCCCCCUGAGAAAGCACAGCACAUUAGAGUGAAAAUGAUAGAAGAUCUGGUGGAGGAAGUGCUUAAAGCAACCAGUCAGGAAGAACAAGGAGGGGAAAUAGAAGCAGCUCAAGAUGUCUCAAGGGAACAAAUGACUGAAGACUCUUUUGAAAGCAAGGCAGAGGAGAAGCCAACCUAA